UAAAAUGUCUGAUGAUGCUGGUGACACCUUAGCUGCUGGAGACAGAACAGAUACUACUGAGAUACCCAAGAAUCAUCAUGCUUCACCUGAAGAUGCAGAAGUGUACUGUGAUCCAGCUAUAACUUCAAAUGAUCCAGCUCCAUCUGGCCGCAGAGGAGAUUUGCAAGAGGAUGUACCUAGUCAGAAUGCAGAGACCACUGCUGACCCACACCCAGAACAAUCCAAAGACCUUGGUGCCAUUGAAAGCCCACUCAACAGAGAAGGGGCUGAGGACACACUGGCUCAGUGCAUUGAUUCUGUCAACCUGGAGGGAGAACCCGGAUCUGAAAUACUUCUGAAAGAACAGGAUGAUCUGGCUGUGGAUUCCCCUCCACUGGGAAGAAGCUGGGCAGGCUGGGGCUCCUGGGGCAAAUCUCUGCUCUCAUCCGCAUCUGCCACAGUAGGUCAUGGAUUGACAGCAGUCAAGGAGAAAGCAGGAGCCACCCUACGGAUUCACAGCAGCAAUUCUGGAUCUUCUGAAGGAGUACAACCUAACACUGAAUCUACAGAUGAGAUCCCCGAGCAGGAGCCAACAGGGAGCGCCCCCACCUCCCCUUCAUCAGGUUCAGGGUCUCGGGGCAUGCUCUCAACCCUCACCAACGUGGUUCAGAACACGGGCAAGAGCGUCCUCACUGGAGGUCUUGAUGCUCUGGAGUUCAUAGGCAAGAAAACCAUGAACGUCCUUGCAGAAAGUGACCCUGGAUUUAAGCGGACCAAGACGCUUAUGGCGAGAACCGCUUCCUUGUCCCAGAUGUUAAGGGAGGCCAAGGAGAAGGAAAAGCAGAGACUGGCACAGCAGCUCAGCGUGGAGAGGACCGCCCACUAUGGGAUGCUGUUUGAUGAAUAUCAAGGUUUGUCACACCUGGAAGCCCUGGAAAUUCUGUCCAAUGAAAGCGAAAGCAAGGUUCAGUCAUUUUUAGCAUCACUGGAUGGAGAGAAGCUGGAAUUCCUAAAAAAUGACCUAAUUUCCAUUAAAGAUAUCUUUGCAACAAAAGAAUUAGAAAACGAAGAGAACCAAGAAGAGCAAGGCUUAGAAGAAAAGGGAGACGAAUUUGCUAGCAUGCUUACAGAGCUUCUCUUUGAAUUACAUGUUGCAGCCACGCCUGACAAGCUCAAUAAGGCCAUGAAGAAAGCUCAUGAUUGGGUAGAAGAGGAUCAAACCAUGGCCCCUGUGGAUAUGACCAAGGAAUCAGAAGAGGUGACUGAGAAGGAUGAAAAGGAAGAAAAAGCUGAAGACCCUCAAGAAGAGAAAAGAGAAGAAAAGAAAACCAAAACUAUAGAGGAAGUAUACAUGUUGUCCAUUGAAAGUCUGGCUGAAGUAACUGCGCGCUGUAUUGAGCAACUUCAUAAAGUCGCAGAAUUAAUUCUUCAUGGACAAGAAGAAGAGAAACCAGCCCAGGACCAAGCAAAAGUCCUGAUAAAAUUGACUACUGCGAUGUGCAAUGAAGUAGCCUCGUUAACAAAGAAGUAUACAAAUGUCUUAACCACUACUGGGAGCAACAAGAAGGCUGAGGUCCUCAACCCCAUGAUCAAUAGUGUAUUGUUAGAGGGCUGCAAUAGCACCACAUAUGUCCAGGAUGCCUUCCAGCUGCUGCUGCCCGUGCUGCAAGUUUCCCACAUUCACACUAGUUGUUUGAAAAGCACAGCCAUGACCUUGACAGACUCUGUCUAGCUCAAGAGCAUGGCCAGCCAUCACUUUGCUCUGCACCGCGUAAGGAGAAGCUAUCAGCUGAGCCUGCCAGACACUCGAUGGAGGACAGACAGCAAUUUUGCACAGAUUUGCAAGUUUCAAGAAAGUUAGUGUUUCCUUUCAUGUAUAUCGCCAUUUUUAAAAACAGUUGUGUUUUCUUUAUAUUAAUUUAAGUUAAUACAGCUUAAAUCUCUGAAAUUUACCCACAAAUAUUUGAAUCUAUUUCCCUAGUCAGACAUGCUAUAUUUAAAAAUUCAUAGGCAGACCCAAGAUUUUUCAUGAAUUGCUUAAAUUUCUAUCUUUGAAUGUCACAUACUAUCAAGUGUCUCUUUAAUACUAUUAUUAUGUGGAACUUUGUUGUGUUGCAUAAAUGUUAUGGGUCAAAAAUAACACUACUUAAAUUUUUACCUAUUACAGUGACAGAAGAAUAUAAUUAUUCCUUUAUAAGUCAUUCAUUCUUUCAACAAGCAUUUAUUGCACACCUAAUAUAUGCUUACAUUAAAGGAAUGUAAUCUCACUCUAGAGAGAUACAUAUUCUGAAAGAGGUUUUUACAACAAUUCUUAAAAUAAUUAUUUAAAGUACUAUUAAAUUGCCUAAAUCUAAACAUUUGGAGAACAAGGCAAUCGGUGCUAUAAAUGGUCUACCUUCAGUUACUUAGGUUUCUACCCCCCUUGAACUUUUUUAUCCCACACUUUGUAUAUAGGAUAAAAAUAUAUAUGAAAGGGGUAUUUUUAAAAGUAAGUAGCAGGUCACUACUGUAAUCCUAGCUAU